GCCAAAAACCGAGAGAGCAGGAUGGCGGGUAACCAGCCUCCUCCCUUCAAGCUCCUCUUCGUCUGCGUGGAAAACUCCAAUCGUAGUCAAAUGAGCCAGGCGUUCGCCACCAUCCUAGGUGGGAAUAAAGUGGAGGCUUACAGCGCGGGAAGCAAGCCCAGUGGUGUCGUCAAUCCGAAGGCCAUCCUUUCCAUGAAAGAAAUCGGCUAUGAUUUGUCCCUGCACGACUCCAAGAGUCUGGAAGAGGUCGAAAGAUUCGCUCCCUUCGAUGCGGUGGUCACUAUGGGUUGCGGAGACGCGUGCCCAUGGAUGCCGGCCAAGCGGACAGUCAAUUGGACAAUCCCUGAUCCCAAGCAUAUGGAGCCCGAAGAAUUCAAUAAAAUACGGGACUAUAUCAGAAGUCUGGUCAAGGAGCUGCUGGAUGAGCUUGAGACAGGGAAUGACGGGAAAUGAAUAUGACAAAAAGGGUCAAAGCAUGGGGGAAACCCAAGGAAGGAGGAGAUUCGUUCAAAAAAUGGGAGAUUCUUGCAAGCUGCGAGGAGUGCAAGAAAAGCUCUCCGCAAGACUCAAUUGAAACAUGAAUCUUUAAGGCAAUACUGACAAGGAAAAAAAUUACUGAAGUAAGCCGGGAUAAAAACCAACGAGGAACUAAAAAAAGAAGAAAAAGUCAUGCGCAAAA